CGCCUCCCCCCCGCCCAGCGAUGUAUUCAGCGCCCUCCGCCUGCACUUGCCUGUGUUUACACUUCCUGCUGCUGUGCUUCCAGGUACAGGUGCUGGCGGCCGAGGAGAACGUGGACUUCCGCAUCCACGUGGAGAACCAGACGCGGGCUCGGGACGAUGUGAGCCGUAAGCAGCUGCGGCUGUACCAGCUCUACAGCCGCACCAGCGGGAAGCACAUCCAGGUCCUGGGCCGCAGGAUCAGUGCCCGCGGCGAGGACGGGGACAAGUAUGCCCAGCUCCUAGUGGAGACAGACACCUUCGGUAGUCAAGUCCGGAUCAAGGGCAAGGAGACGGAAUUCUACCUGUGUAUGAACCGGAAAGGCAAGCUCGUGGGGAAGCCCGAUGGCACCAGCAAGGAGUGUGUGUUCAUUGAGAAGGUCCUGGAGAACAACUACACAGCCCUGAUGUCCGCCAAGUACUCUGGCUGGUACGUGGGCUUCACCAAGAAGGGGCGGCCGCGGAAGGGUCCCAAGACCCGGGAGAACCAGCAGGACGUGCACUUCAUGAAGCGCUACCCCAAGGGACAGGCAGAGCUGCAGAAACCCUUCAAGUACACCACGGUGACCAAGAGGUCCCGGCGGAUCCGCCCCACGCACCCCGGCUAGGCUGGCCCCACCGCAGCCCCCCAGGCUGCCCCCAGGCCCACACUCACACUCACAGAGAACUGCAUCAGAGGAAUAUUUUUACAUGAAAAAUUAGGAAGAAGCUCUAUUUUUGUACAUUGUGUUUAAAAGAAGACAAAAACUGAACCAAAACUCUUCGGGGGGGGGGGAAGCGAUAAGGAUUUUAUUGUUGACUUGAAACCCCCUGUCUCUGACAAAAGACUCACAAAAAGGGACUGUUGUCAGCGUACAGGUGCUUGUCUCUCUCUAGGAACAGACAACUCUAAUCUCGUCCCCAGAGGAGGAUUUGAAGGAGGAAAACGACACUCUGAGAAACCAAAGUCCUUUUUCCCAAAGGUUCUGAAAGAAAGAAAAAAAAAAAAAAAAAA